UUCGAAAGCUGGUGUGCUGAAUGUUUAAGAGUAUUUUUAAUUAAUUUAUUCAAUUAGCUUUGUCGAUAUUAUUUUGUAAGGUUUAGAUCGCGGGUUUCUAACAAGUUACAAGCGGCACAGAGAUAUAGGUUGAUACCUAUUACUAAGUUUUACACGCUUGACGCCGGUCUGGAAACCGGGAUAAUAUUAAACGCCGAGAAAAAUGUCAGAAUUUCAGGAAAGUAAUGAUUUCAUAGCAAAUGAUUUAUCAUUUCUUGAAGACAUAGAUAUUGAUGGAAUUGUUGAAUACCUGAGUGAAACCGAUAAUGCUGUUCACACUAAAAGAAAACAAUCAUCAAUAAUAUUGCAAAGUGGUAGCCAAAAUAAAAAAAUAAAAGUAAGCCCAUUUGAAAGCAAAAGGGAAUUUGAGCAAAUUGUUAAUACUGAGGACUUUCCAGUUAAAACACAAUUAACGAAAGUUGAUAUAGCUAUCAACAUAGUAAGUGCAGACUCCAAAACUAAAGAGAAUAAACAAAUAUUUUUCAAUAUGGCAGUACCACAUGACUUUAAUUCUAAAUUAAAUAAUAACAGCAAUACCUUCUCACCAAAACUCAGAGAUAAACUAGUUUUAGAAAAUAAUAUAGAAAGUUCUCAAAACACAGAAAAACUAUAUUUUUCUUUAAGUGCUAGUGGUGCAAAUACAAAAAAUUAUACCAAAAUUAAAGAUAUUACAAGUAUAAAACAACCUCUGUUAUCAGAACCAGAAAAUAUUGAAGAUAUACUAGAAAAACCCAAAGACACCAAUACUAUAGAAAAUAUUAAAGCAGAUAGUAAUAUUAUCUCAACAGAUGAAAUAUGUAAUGUUUCAACUUGUAAUGAUGAAAUCUAUGAGAGCAAUACAAAGCAAAAUCGUAUAGAAGAAAUUAAAAUAGAUGCCCCAAAAAAUUUAAAAGUUGCUAGAGAGAAAGAGUCAAAAAUUAUUUCAAAUGAAUCUAAACAAAUUACGAAAGACAAAAACGACAAAAGACGAUCAAAAGAUAAAGAGAGUUUGAAAGAAAAUAACUUGGACAUUUCUAAAGUUACAAAACUUUCAUCAGCAAUAAGUAUAGUAAUACGAAAGGAUGACUUAUGUUUGGCAGAUAAAUUACAGAAAAGAUUAUAUCAAUUUUUAAAAGUAGAUUUUUCAGAUGUUAAUAUUUUCUAUUAUGGAAGAUACUCCAAAAUAUUUGAAUGUCACAACAAAGGAAAAAAAUAUGCCCUAAAAGUUAUAAAUCCUGAUUUAAAUAUUAAAACAUUUGGCAAAGAAAAGGGGAAAAUGUUGAACAAGCUACAACAAAGCAUACUUAGGGAUGAGUUGAACAUUGUCUUUUUAUUUGCAUCAUUUCAAUUUGACAUGACUUGGUGUUUAAUGUUCGAUUUUUAUCCAAAAAACCUCAGAGAAGAGUUAGAAACAAAUGGGCCUAUACAUAUCAGCAUUGUGGAAAAUCUGGCAAGGCAAUUGAUUACAGUUUUACAAAGAUUAAAAUUUCAUCAUAUUAUACACUCAGAUAUAAAACCUGAGCAUAUUCUGCUUAAUGACUCUACUACAAUAUUAAAACUCUGCGGCUUCGAUCGAGCAUAUCACAUGGAUCAAGCGACAAUCAUGCCAAAUAUAGGAACACCCAGUUACAGGGCUCCUGAGGUUAUCCUAGGUUAUUCAGCCUCAUUCAGCAUCGACUUGUGGGCAUCUGGCAUAGUCCUGUAUGAAAUGAUGACAAAUAAGAGACUUUUUCCAGGAUGUUUCAAUAAUGAUAUCCUAUUUAAGCAGAUGUGUUUACUAGGUAACAUGCCUAUAGAUAUGAUAGAAAACUCCGUUUAUGGCGUCAAACAUUUUAUUAAAAGAAAAUUUCUUAAAAGGGAGGGGUUUGAUGGAAAGGAUAUAAGAGUAAUAUACAAUUUCUUUAAAAAUAAUUCAUUUAAGCAUGUACCAUACAAAAUAUACAAUAAGUGUUGGAAAUAUACAACGAAUGAAGAUCAACAAGAGCAUGAAAUACACAAAAUCACUGAGCUUCUGGGUAUAAUAGACAAAAUGUUAGUGCUACACCCAUACGACAGAAUACCAAUAGAGAUUUUGUUUAAUGAUCCAUUUAUGUUGAAUUCCUUUACUAAUUCUGUAAGUUAAAACUGGUAUUAUAGUUAUCUCUUGUUAAUUUUUUGUUACUUUAAGA